AUGAAGGAAGUGACGGUAGAAGCUGGAAAUAGCCACGGCGGUGCUGCUCCAGAGCAUGGGAGGCACGUGGUGUCUGCUGCAAGCUCACGCAGCGGCGUUCCAAGAACCCGAGACGAUUAUGGCGGAUACCAAGUGAUGCAGGACAAGCCUUCAAAGUUUGAAGUUUUGGGAUGGUACCUCUACGAAUUCUGCUCCUACUUCAUCCAAACGGUCCUUAUUCCUGUCGUUUUCCCUCUCAUUAUCAGUCAGUUACAACACCUUCCUUCCCACCCAAACCCUGUUCAAGACUGGCUCUUUCACCACCCUACAUUAACCUGCUCAGACAAAGAAAUUCACCUGUACGGUCAACUUACGCAGCGAACCAUUAGGGUGAGUGGUUCUCAUUUCUCUUCUUUGGAAUGGACUUCGAUAGCAUGGGCUACUGGUUUGGCCGUCGCUGCUCCGAUCCUAGGCUACCUUUCCUAUCAUCUUGACGGCAACCUCCAUCCCAUCAUCGCUGCCGCCGCCACUGGCGUCGGAGCUGUUUUCUGCCUCCCAGCCGGAUUCUUCAAAGUCACUAAGAUCUUCAUCCCCUACAUCGCCGGCAUUGUUGCUGCCAGCACCAUCGCUGGCGCUGCUCAUACUCAUCAUCUUGGCCUCAUGGUUCAUGCCUUCACGGGCCCUCUUACCAAAUCCCAAUACUCCAUUCGGCAAGCCAUCUCCCACCGUCUUUCCCUUUACUCCGCCGCAGUCGGAUCCGUCGGCGCGGCCAUUAUCUCCGCCUUCACCUACCAUAUGCUUCGGGAGCCCAAUGAGCACGAGUUUAUUAGCUUAUGGGUUGUCUCCAUCUUCAGUGGCCUCUUAUGGCUUGUUGGUGUUUUACACGUCUACACAUCGUCAAAUAGAGCAUCCUCCUCUGUUUCUCCACCGUCAAAGUUCCAUCCUUUUUCGAUUUUCCGAUACCCCCACGCAAUCGGAGGUCUCGCCGGCAUCUUCCUCUCUUCCUUCACCACUAUGUGCAUUUUUAUAGCAGGAGUGGUCUUCAUAGUGGGUGAGCGCUGCUUCAAGCCCCUUCACUUGCUGUUUCUCUGGCUAACUUACUUUCUCUUCCCUCUGCUUUCUCUGCCAUUGCUCCAACCUUUUCAACAUCUGAUAAAAAUAGACGCCGUGAGAAUGCAAAUCCUGGGGUUUCUGCUAUCCAUCUUCUCUUCUGGGUUUGGCUUCUUCUAUAAUCAUAAUCCCUGGAAAUGGGGCUACUUGCUGAUAUUCGGGGCGAUUCAGGGAACAUCGGCCGGCGUACUGCACGCGUCCGGGAGGAUAUUAGUGAUGGAGUGUGCGCCGGCCGGGAAAGAAGGUGCGUUCGCCAUAUGGUUGUCGUGGAUGAGAGCCGCCGGCUUGUGUGCCGGCUUCACGGUCGGUACGGUGGUUCCUGGUCGGCUCCGAACUUCGUUCGGAUUAGCUUUUUGUGGUGCUCUUUUGGGAACAUUGGGUCUGCUUUUCGGCAACGUGAGUGACGUCGGAGGAGCGGUGGCGGCCGGGAAUGUGGUUGCCGAAGAAAGUGAGAGAGGUUCGCAUGCGGCGUCUGGAUUGGAUUCGAAGGAGGAGAGGGAAUCUUCGCGAGUUUGAAGCUUCGUGCAAGAGAUUAAUGGAAUCCAUAUGCA